UCAUAAAAAUCGGAUUCUUAAUCGAAAAAAUUUUUCACUGGGUUUGCUUUACUUAUUUACUGUGGUUACAAGUCUCUCUUAAAAUCUGUAACCUUUGUUUAUUUUUCAAUGUUUCCGAGUAUGAUUAAUUUAGUAUCAUAGUUACUCGUACAUACAUAUUGAGGAAAAAUUUUAUGCAGCUCACAUAUAUAUUUGAAGAAAAUAGUAACAACGGGACUGUGUUAACAAGCUUUUUCAAUUGCUCAAUCGCUCUUGCAUUCGAACUCUGUUGCAUAAAAUAGACUUGACUAAAGUAUGAAAAUCUUGAAAAUGAUAAAUUCUCUAAAUUUAUUUUGUGCAGACUAGUAGAGAUUUUACUGCAAUUUUAUUCUAUAAUAUUGUGUAUGUAUCUAAAAACCGAAUGACAGUAUUUCGAGUUGAGAUUAUGCCCAUAGAAAGAUCGUGUAUUUGUAAGUAAAAUGUUUUUGAAAGUUUCAGCUCAAACACAAACUUUCCUUGCUGAUAUUAAAGCCCACAGAGACUGAAAAUUCUAGCAUCUUUCGCGGGAUAUGAAUGAUUUUUGUAGACUUCAAUAUUUUAAGAAGAAAAACAUUGUGCUUCCACUGAAAUUUUGAUGAUAUUUUCUUCUUAAAACAACUUUUUUGUGGACAUCAUUUCAACUCGAAAUAUAAUAAUUCUAUUUGUUAGCAUACAUAUAUAUAUUGUAUAUCACGAUUUCAUAUGCUAUAAAGAAAACCAAAAAGAAACAAAACAAAUCAUUUUUUCAUAGCGCUACCCUCCACUAUCAAAAAAGAAAAUCGAUACGAGCCAAAACUUGGAACGCUAUUGGUUUUGCUAAAAUUCAGAUGUACUUUUCACUUUUUCUCUCUAUAGACUCUCUCUCUCUCUUUCCUUUGGCUCGUAUUUCAUUCUCUCUUUUUUUUCAAUUUCAGUCUAUCCAUUACGUGGAAGUUCAAUUGACAUUCAUCCAAAUGCUCGAUGGCAAGAAAAUGGUGUCACCGUGGCUGGAGGUAAUCAACCAGGCUAUUUAUUCAAUCAACUCUCUCACCCAUGGGGCUUGUAUGUUGACGAUGAUGAAACAAUAUAUGUUGCUGAUUAUGAGAACCAUCGUAUUAUGAAAUGGGAAUCGGGUGCGACGAGUGGCAAAGUGGUUGCCGGUGGAAAUGGAAAAGGAAGUGGAGAAAAUCAGUUGUCUUACCCAUAUGAUGUAAUUGUCGACAAAGAGACAGAUUAUCUCAUCAUCUGCGAUUCUUCGAAUAAAAGAGUGGUUCGAUGGCCUCGUUCAGAUGGAACAAGUGGAGAAAUAAUCAUCUCCAGCAUCGGUUGUUGGGGUUUGACAAUGGACGAGUAUGGAUCUCUCUAUGUCGUUGACGAUGAUAACAAUGCAGUGAGGCGAUAUAAAAUUGGUGACGCUGAAGGAACAGUGGUUGCAGGUGGCAAUGGACGAGGAAAUCGUCUCAAUCAAUUCAACGGAGCCCGCUACGUAUUUGUCGAUCGACAUUAUUCGGUUUACGUGUCUGAGAGGGACAAUAAUCGUGCAAUGAAAUGGGUAGAAGGUGAAAAGUUAGGCAUUAUCGUCGCUGGUAGUGCAGGGUCCGGAAAUGAUCUUAGACAAUUGGCAAUUCCUAAAGGAGUCGUUGUUGAUCAAUUUGACACUGUCUAUGUAGUUGAUGAUGGAAACAAUCGAAUCAUGCGUUGGCCUAAAGGAGCCACACAGGGAAGUAUCAUUAUUGGUGGAAACAAUAUGGGAAGCGGAUCGAACCAACUUAGUGAGCCUGUCGGUUUGUCAUUCGACCGGCACGGUAAUCUCUAUGUCGUAGAUUGGGGAAAUCAUCGAGUACAAAAAUUUCAAAUCGAGUGA